CUCCCGCCCCACCACCAGACACCUUGUUAAGCAGCCCAGACAAGAAGAAAGCGCGCGCACGACCUCACGAGCAAAGGUCCACAACAAAAAACAAAGAAGAAGAAAGAAAGAAAGAAAUGCAGCUGAACAACUGGACGAUGCUCACGCGUCUGGAGCUGGUUGUUAUCUAACAUUAGUUUAAAAAGAAGAAGAAAAAGAAAAAGAAGAAGAAGAUGAAGAAGCACCUGAGUCCCACUAAGCUGCCGCCGUCGGACGCGUCGGUCCUCCAGCUCCGGGAGUUGCUGUCCGCCGGCAGCAGCGCCUACAGCCUCCCCACGCAGCACUGCAACGAGGUCUUCCCCCGGAUAUACAUCGGCAACGCGUUCGUUGCCCAGAAUCCAAUGCGUCUCCAGAAACUCGGAGUGACGCAUAUCCUCAACGUGGCGGAGGGCACCUCCUUCAUGCACGUCAACACCAGCGUGGAGUUCUACGCCAGCACGGGCGUCACCUACCACGGCAUCCGGGCCAACGACACGGAGCAGUUCAACCUCAGCGCCGUCUUUGAGGAGGGGGCGGACUUCAUCGACAAGGCCCUGGCGCACAACAACGGUCAAGGGAAAGUGUACGUCCACUGCAGAGAAGGCUACAGCCGCUCCCCCACCAUGGUGGUCGCCUACCUCAUGCUGCGCCACAAAAUGGAUGCCCGUCUGGCGGUGGCCACCGUGAGCACGAGAGAAAUCGGGCCCAACGACGGCUUCCUUCGCCAACUGUGCCGCCUCAACGAGAAGCUGGCGAGGGAAGGCAAGCUGAACGGGGAGGAGGGCAAGCUAAAGACCGAGAGCGAGGCCCCGCCUCCGCCCGACACGCCUUUCAGACUGACCCCACCCUGACCAAGCCAGCAUCCAUAUGACACCCCAGGGGGUAUUCUGAAACACAAACGUACAGGCAUUUAUCUUUGGAGAUAAUUAUGAUGUCACGCACACACACACACACACACACACACACAUGCUGAUUUUCCAUCUUGUGUUCUCGUCUGUCACUGCUGCUCUGUAUGUAAAGGGACACCUCCUCAGGGGGCUCUUCCUCCGGUUCCCACGAAGAGUGUGAUCUUGAAUACUCCCCCCCACACACACAUACCUUUUUUCUAAACUGCACACCACACAGAUGUGCAAACGUACCUUGCAGCAUUCCUUCAACCCCCCCUUUACCUCCAGACAGUGAACAAUUUGCCCAGAUUCUUAAGAUUUCCAUAAUUAAAUAGAUUAUAGCACAAUCAUUCCAUAGUUUUCCACUGCCGGGAAUGUCAGCGAUUUCUCCGCCAGCAGGAGCACUACAGAUGAACUCUUUAGAAUUUUUUUAAAAAGUGGAUGGCCAAACAUGAUGCAGGCAAAACUAAAAACAAGAGUAAAAUAUGUGAACGCGUGGAGGAAAAUCUCACAAACAUUCCACGAUCGCCGCCCCUCAGUGAUUGUGUGUGUGUGUGCGCUCUCAAUCCUUAAAACAAACAUCCCUCCCACCUUCAGGGGCAGAUAUUAAAAUGCACAAACGAUUCACACGAGGAUCCUCUAGUUUGACAGCGGUAGCGUCGCACCUGGCGGCUGACAGCAAAGGUCGAGAUGAUUAAAAGAUAUGGAGCUGCUGGGCGUGAGGGGGGGGGGGGGCCGCGGUGUUGUUCACGUGGUCGCCGUAUUUAGCCGCUGAUGCGACGAAUAUUAAAUGUGAGGUUGUUUUAGUUUGUCAUUGAGCUCGAUCAGCUUACAAGCGAGACAAAUCCAAUUUCGGCAACUGAAUAUCAUCUUGAAAAGGGAAUGAGCUCAUUUACAGUAUUUCGUGUCUGAAGGGGCUUAGUGACUGAUUACAUGUUCUCCUGCAUGAUAAUAAGAGGGAAGAUGUGAUGACCUUCUCUCGAGCAGCGUGGUACGAUGUCAUGCUGCUCACGGACUCUUUAUCUGGAUGCAAAGAGCAGGUUCAGUUCUGAUAAACACACAAUCUGCUGGUUUAGUUUGUGUUUCGUAUUAAAACUAACAGAAAACAUAUAAUCAGAUUUUAAUCAGCCCUGCUCUCUACACAGGCCACGCUACAAGUGGAUUUUUACAUUUAUACUUUUAUACGUGUACCUACAGUGAUUAUGUUUUAGGCUCUGAACGCUGCCAAGUCGCAGAUGACCUACGCUUACUACUGUACCUGAACGCACCCUGUCUAGAUGGUUAAUUAAAGGACGUCUAAACUAAGCCAGCGGAUUUUUAAAAAUGCUGUUUGACACGUUUGAGAAGAUCUCCGCUCACAGAAACGAUGGAGAAUCUCUUUUUUAAUGAAGCCAAGGUCACCAUUUAGGUUUUUUUCGUCGCCAUAUUUUACUCGUCAGAAACUAAAUGAGCAAAAAGUUGAGAUUUGAUCAUCAACGCUUUCGAUGAUCAACGCUUUCGAUCAUGAACGCUUUUGAUCAUGAACGCUCCACAUUGAUCUUAACAGUAUUUCCUGCGCUGCUGAACUGAGGCGUCCGACAAAAUGAACAUAAAGACAACACUUCACUGUCAGUUCUCCCAGAGAAAAUGCAAAGAACAUCGAAAUUGAACAUAUAUCCGUUGUUUUCAACUACGUACAAUACAAAAAAACUGUUCCGGGACGCUGUUAAAGCGGUUAACACUUUAAAUAUUCAGAAACACACAUUGCCAACACCACAACAACAUGUCUCGUAGCUUUGUGUUUCAAAACAGAUUUUCACCAGUUUACCGCCUUCAAACUAGAGGCCUUUUAGUUUUAUCUGUAGGAUGCGGUCACCGGGGGUCCACUGCCGACUCCCUGACUCAGAGAUUCAAUCAGUAUCCAAUUUCACAUCGUUUCAUCAACACAGUUUGUCAGAGGUCCACACACACACACACACACACACGUCUCACUCCUCAGCGCGUGUGUUUAUUAUGCCUGACUCUACGCACACACCGUGGGGCUAAGUCACAGUUUUUGUUUGUAUGUACGAUAAAGCAUUGCAAUAUAUGUCAAUACCCCCAUCAGAUAUAUAGAAUGUCCUCACGUCUAAAUACCAGGCUGCGGUUGUUACAUAUAGACAUCAACAGCAGAUUGACAACACAUGUUUAAGAAAGUAUUUAUUACUGUAAACUAAACCUAGUGCCAGAAAGCAUGAAUCCAGAGAGGAGAGUGGAAACUAGGUUGUCUCACCUCAUUAAUGGCACUAUUUAUUCCUCCUUUGAUAUAUCUGCAUACAUAUGAAUAUAUACAUGGAUAUACAUAUUUAAGUGUUGACAUAUAUGAAUGUAUGAGCAAUGUGUGUAUAACGUGUAGGUAUCGUCAGUACGUCUAAAGUCCUUAUAUAUCGUUAUAUUUGGAGACAACGUCGUGGAACAGCUUCUUCAUUCUCUCUGUUCCACGGUCGAUUACAUGUGCAUUCAUAUUCAAAUAUAA